GGCUGCAGAGUGUAUUUGGCUCCCUCUGGCGGCCGCCGCUGGCUCUCUCCGUCCCUCCACUCAGUGGCAGUGCGGCCUGCUGUCUGUGUCAUGCUGCUCGGCACUGGCUUGGGUUGAUCAGGGAGCCGGUGCUUCCUGCUGCAGAGAGACGGCUGAAAUCUACAGACGGUACCGCAGAGAUGGCCACGUUCUUCGGGGAGGUUGUGUCUGGUUUCUCCCGGGCUGUGGAUGAUGAUGAUGAGGAGGAAGAUGAAGAUGAAGAAGAGGAGGAGGAGGACAGGGAGAUCAGGAGGGAGUUAGAGAAGAAAAGGGAAGUGACUCUCACCUGGAACGCUGAAACCAGCGCCGCUAUUGAAAACGCUGCAGACCAUAGACUUCCCUGCACCAGCCUAAUCCUAGCUGUUGGUGACAAUGCCACAGGGUUUGUUUCGUCUUAUAUACUGAGCUCUGGAAGUUGGGAGGUGUCUGGUUAUAUGACAUUGUGGAAUGAGAUGUGUCGGGACUGCACACCCAGAAACGACCACACAGCGUCCCCGUCAUCCUGCGUCUUCUACCGAUCAAUCACAGAUCCCACGGUGAUGCUGUGUCAGUGUAAGUGUUACGUGGCCGAGGACCAGCAGUUCCAGUGGUGUGAGAAGGUUCUCGGCUGUCUGCAGAAGUCCAGUUUAAAGGUGACUGUGCUUUCCUCCUGCCCGGUCUCGGACUAUAGGACUCCAGAAUCCACGUACAAUCUGCCAGUCCCAUUCCUCAAAGUGAUCAAGACAAAGCGGUACACAGACAAGACCCCCUGCAGCCCCCUGGAGCAGCCAAAUAUUGUGGAUGGACUGCCAGCUGCAGUGAUGACGUAUUGUCAGGUCUGGGAGAUUCCCGCUGUGUAUUACCAGUGCUACACCGACAUCACUAAGCUGGAUUCUGUUACCAUUGAUGCUUUCCGCCCUGUCCUGUCCUGUCAGAGCAUGAGCCGAUUGGCCGUGAAAUCCUCAAAAACUGAAGAGAGUCUGAAGGAGCUGGUGAGAACCAGCCAAGUCCAAAGCAACCUGUAUAUAUAGCUCCUGUAUGUCUGAGAGGCCAUGUAUGCCGACCUGAUGGGACUUGUAGUUUCACAGCUGGAGCGUCUAGUUUCCGAUCACUGCGGAGAAGGGAUGAAGCACAGUGGACUGUUUUCAUAAAGCUAUUUAGUAAAUGUUUAGUAAUAAAAUGAUUAUUUUCUCUUAA